AUGGAUGAUCAAAGUAAUAUCAAUGAACAGCCUUGUACCCAGGAUCGGAACAACGAUUUCAUUACUUUCUUAGAAAAAUUAAGACCUGAAAUAACUGUUAGUAGAUUUGUUAGUGUCAACAGAAACUUGUUGCCCAAGCUUUUAUCAACCAUAGCAACUUAUGCUAUUGUUUUAAUUCAACUUAAUUCAAUGGUGUUAUAA